AUGCCCACCCGCCUCACCUCGUCCUACGCGCUCCCCGACCCGUCCGACGACUCCCGCGCACCCUUCACAACCUCCCGCGACGACGAAGAGUUCCAGAAGCAGUACGCCAAUUUGUACUGGCAGCGGUUGACGGAACUUAGGGCGAGGGUGCUGAGCGAGGCCAAGAGGCGGUGGGUUGAGGGUGAGGGUUUCAAGGGCGCCUCGAACCGACCACAGCAUGUCCGUCGCCUGCUCGAAGUCGAGAACGGCAAGCUCUGCUACGUCGUCGGCACCGUCUACGUCGACAUGCCUCUCAAGCCCAACGUACUUGAGGACUUGGCGCGGGAUCACCACAUUACGGCGCCUGCGACCCGGAGGAAGUACCACUCGCCAUCGGACGAGAUUAUGCUGGAAGACGAGAGUGGGCGAGUGCGGCUAGUCGGAAGCAAGGUGGAUGACGCAGAGGGGACGUUCGUGACAGGCACCAUCAUGGCCGCACUCGGCGCCGAGAUGGCCUCGGGCGACUUUGAGGUCUUCGAGUACUGCUUCGCCGGGAUGCCUGAACAGCCGCCGCUCAACCCGACGACUCCCGAGGGUGAAUGGGUCGCGCUAGCGAGCGGGAUGGAGAUGGGUACGGCGAGCGAUGUCGCGGACGUCAGGGCGGAGUUGCUGUCGGAAUGGCUGUUGGGAGAGGCGGGCGACGAUGAGGACCAGUAUGCGGCGGUCAAGGUGACGCGGCUGAUCCUGGCGGGUAACUCGCUCGCGCAACCCGACGUAAUCGCUUCCGACGAGCCGAAGAAGAAACGCUACGGCUACGACUCGUCAAUGUACACCUCGAAGCCGACCGAAACCCUCGACGCGUUCCUCUCCGAACUCGCGCCGUCCAUCUCGAUUGACAUGAUGUCGGGCGAGAAAGACCCGACUGAGCCGACGCUGCCUCAGCAACCGCUGCACCCUGCGCUCUUGCCGAAUGCGGCGACGUACGAGGGCUUCACAGGGCGGACGAACCCGUUCUGGUGCGAUGUUGGCGGAGCGAGCUUCCUCGGCACGUCUGGUCAGACGCUCGACGACAUCUUCAAGUACAUCGACAGCGAAGACCGUAUCGGCAUUGCCCAGCAAACGCUCGAAUGGUCGCACAUCGCGCCGACAUGCCCGGAUACUCUCUGGUGCUACCCUUUCAGCGGCAAGGAGCCUUUCGUCCUGAAGCAAACGCCUCACGUCUACUUCUUCGGCAACCAGCCCUCGUUUGCCACGCGGUCAGUCGAGUCGGACGACGGCAAGAAGGUCCGCAUCGUGCUCGUGCCGCGGUUCUGCGAGUCGGGCGAGGUCGUCUUGGUCAACACGGCGACUCUCGAGGUCAAGGUCCAGCGGUUUGAGCUUUUGCAGUAG